AUGCAGCGCCUCCUUUUCGCUCUCUCCCUCCUCGCCUCUGCCGCCAUGGGCGUGGUGGGCGCCGAGCUGGGCGUCGAGAUCACCCAGGCCGUCGAGUGCGAACGCCGCACCCAGAAGGGCGACACCAUCGAGGCGCACUACCGCGGAACCUUGGCUUCCAACGGCGAGAAGUUUGAUGCCAGUUACGACCGCGGCAGACCCUUCAGCUUCAAGCUCGGAACUGGUCAGGUCAUCAAGGGAUGGGACCAGGGCAUGGAGGGCCUCUGCAUUGGCGAGAAGAGGACGCUCACCGUCCCUCCCGAGCUCGGUUACGGCAACAGAGGCAUGGGCCCCAUCCCGGCCGGUUCGACUCUGAUCUUCGAGGUCGAGAUUGUGGGCAUCAAGGGUGUCCCCACGCCCGAGAAGAUUGUCACGAAGCCGCUGAGCAGCGCCAGCUCUGCCGCCAGCGAGGCCACGGACAAGGCUUCUGCAGGUGUCGCCGAAGGCAUUGCCAGCGCCGCCAGUGCCGCUGCCAAGGUCGCCGAGACCAUACUUGUCGACACCGACGACGUCCAGGAGCACAACGAGCUAUAG